ACCUAACAUAGAACAUAGUUUCAGGAACUGUUUGCUGUUUGUACCCAAAGGGAUGACUGAAUUCGAGGUUGCAGUAAAACUUUCUAUAUUUAGAAUUUGAUCACAGUCUUUCCAAAUGCUGUAUCCUAUUUCUUACUUUUUAGCUUCAGGUAUUUUGAGGGAUAUUAACUAUCAUAAUCUAUCUUUUUAAUCUGCAUAUUAAAAUCUUUUCUUUGCAGCUCUAAUUUAUUGUACUACUUUAAUUUCUUAAAUUAAAAACUUAAUUUUAUCCAAGGACUAAGCCUAAAGGAAGUGGUUCCUAGGAUUAUAUAGUUGUCUCCUUCACAUCUGAUGUGCUGACAGAUGUUUUCUGUAUUUGGAAACUAACAAAAGAGUUGUUUGACUUCUCCAUUAAAGGUGCAAUGCUUGCUGGGUUUCUCAUCAGAAACAUCCCAGUCAUCAAUGAUAACGUGCAGAUCGAGCACGAGUGGUCUUUCUCUGUGAGAAAUAUAUACCUGUCUUUCACUUUGGUUUAUGUCGGCCUUCGACUGGAUUCAGAGGUAUGAACUAGGGAUUUCUAAUUACAGAGUAGGAAUUUUGCUCCUCCAGUGCUGCAAUAUUUAGAAUCACUGAGCUUUACAAAGAGGAUGUGGACACUUUGCGUGACAAUCUCAAGGAGGGAAUAGCAUUUAUUUCAUACGGGACUAUUGUGCGGGUAGUACCUUAUGCUUCACAAGACCUCAGAAACUGUUCCUAUGCUUUCUUGGAGAAAGGUGAAGUGGGGACAGCACCAAGAAUAAAGGUUCCCCUUUUCUCUGACAGAGAUGCAGGCCAUAGUUAUAAACUAUCAUCAUUGAGGGAGAAGACUUAUUAUUGGUACGCAAAGCCCUGUAUACAUGCUUAGGGCUAACUGUACCGGCUCAGGAAACUUUCUAGUGUAUAAAAUGAGGCUCGUGUUUUUGUUUUGUCUUGUUUUCCAUGUAUGUUUUUGAAUGCAGGAGUAAAAGUUCCUGGGGGACGUCAUGAACCAGGUGAGGCUUUUUGCCCUAGUCUCACCCUGGGGCCACAGAUGAUAAAUAAAGCUAGUACUGAGAGGGUUAAGUCAGCUAGUGUGGGGAUUUUGAGCACAGACUCUGUUAGCUGCUUGCCUGAGUUCAAAACCUGGCUCCACCACUCACCAGUUUCAUGAUCUUGAGCAAAUUGUGCCUUUUUACAAGAGGACACGUGAAAAAUGGGGAUAAUAGUACUACCUACCUAUCUCAUAGUGUGGCUAUGAGGUCUAAAUAAAUUAACUCUAAAACACUUAGAACACUGAAGUGUUUGCUAAGUAAAGCCCAUUACCUAGAAGGUUUGUGUUGACCCAUACGUGGUCUGAAUGCUGAAGGAAAAGUUUAAGGUCAUCUCAUACCUCAAGUCCUUCUUCUCUGCAUGCCUUUAGAGAAUUAUCUUAGUGUGUCUAUUUUUAUAUUUCAGGCCCUGAAGAAGUUGAAGGGUGUUUGCGGGAGACUAGCCAUGGGUCCUUGUCUUGUGGAGGCAUGCGCAUCUGCUCUUCUUGCCCACUUCCUAAUGGGUUUACCGUGGCAAUGGGGAUUUAUACUGGGUUUUGUUUUAGGUGCUGCAUCUCCAUACGUUGUGGCACCUUCAAUCAGUCUUUUGAUGGAAGAAGGCUACGAUGUUAAAGGUGUCCCGACCUUACUCCCGGAGGCUGAGGACUUCAGUGACAUUCUAGCCAUCACUGGCUUUAACACGUGCUUGGGCAUAGCAUUUUCCACAGGCUCCACAAUUUUUAACGUCCUUAGGGGAAUUUUGGAGGUCGUAACCGGUGUGGCAACUGGAUCUCUUCUCGGAGUUUUUAUUCAUUACUUUCUGAGCAGUGACCAGGUGAGAGAAAUAACCUGUGGGAAAGUCAUGCUCUAAAAUGCCAUUAAAAACGCUCUGAAACACUUCCAUCAAAGCUAAGUGUGAAGGACGUGGUUCAGAAAAUAGCCCACCAGUUUAAAGUUGCUUACUGCUGUAUCAGUGCCAUCCACGAGCUUUAUGAAGGGGACUAAAUGCGUAAGAUAUUUAAUGCAGUCUGAACAUUUUUUUCUCUAAUUUAUAUUCUAUACACUUUAAAUUUCACAAUAAAACAAAUAUCAUCAAUUAAAAAAAUAAGAUAUGCAAGAUUUUUUAUUUAACUAAAUCAUGAUAUAUAAUGGCUUUUUUUUUUUUUGGUCCUUUUUGUUAGUAUCAAAAUACUUUAGCUUCUAAUACUAUCAAACAGAUAGGCUUUAACAUCUCUGUGUAAUGCAGUCCAAUAUUUCCUGCAAAGAUAUCAAAGUUCCUCACUGCACACAAUGCUUUCUCAGUGAGACAGAAGGUUUUGAUUGUUUCCUUUUGUCCUCCUAAUUCUCUUAGGAUAGAUAAACAUACAGAAAUUUUUAAGAAUUGGUAUUUUCAGAUUUCAGUGCACUUUGGAGUUCAUCAAAAUUAAAGUAGAAUUUUAAUUAAGAAAAUUAAUAUUUCCAUUAUCAAAAUGCAUGUUGAUUUGAAUUUUUCUUAUACUGUUACUCAAAAAAAACUCUGAAAUUGUCUACAGAAGAUGCUAUAAAUGCACAAAAGAAACAUAUGAGAGUGUUCUAAUUAUACAACAAAAUAAAGAGAAUACAUUUGUUUAAUUUUUUUUAUCUAUAAAAAAUAAUAGCUUACUUUUUUGCCUACUGUGUAUAAAAUGCUGUGGUGAGUACUUUAAAGUCAUCCUCUAGUGCUACACUGUCCAACAUUGUAGCCACUAGCCACAUGUAGCCAUUUAAAUUAAUAAAACUAAAAAUUUAGUUCCUCAUCAUAAGUUCUAACCAGUCUCUCUAAUAAUUACCACACAAUUUAAAUUAAUUGUUCAAGGUUUGCUAAUUGAUCUACCGUCAAGACUUAUUCUUGUUGAAAACAAAGAAGCUAAUGUAACCUCAGAAGUAUUCAGUCCUGAAAGUCAUGUUCACACUAGCUGAUCAGCUAAUUGCUCAACAUUAAGGAGACUAAAAUAUGUUGAUUGAGGCAAAUAUUUUCUUAUCUAAACUCUGAAUUAUCCUAAUUUGUUCCUUAAUAUUAAAUGUACAUACAAUUGUAAAAAUACUUGUAGACCUUUUUCCAAUACAUUUUUAAAAAUCAAAAAAGAAAACAGAAUCAGUUCCUCAGUUGCACAUUCAGU